UUUUCUUCCAAUUCCAACUUUGCCCCUCCAAACCAACCUCUUCCCUCCCUCCAUCUGUCCACAUAAUACAACUCAUCAUUUGCAUAUUGAAGGAUAUUUCAGUCACUUAUCCUUCAUCAAUAACACAUUAACACCAUCUUCAAACUCGAUCCAACUCAACACUCUUUCCUGUCCAACUGAAGAUGAUCAAAAGCUAAAGUUUUUGGUUUCUUGAUUUCCACUUCAUCAACAAAAUAUUAAACCGAAAUCAAACCCAUUUCAGUGACUGAUUCAACUUCAAAAAUGGAGAUUUUCAGAUCAUCAAGAAACAAGAAAGAAAUAUAUUUAAAGAUGAAGCUUUCAAGAACCAAAACUGGAAAAACAGAGCACCCAUUUUGCAUCAAACACUUCAAAUGGAUCCUCUGGUUUUCACUCUCAUUCUACUUCUUUUCUACACCACUCCGAAACAACCAAAACCAUCAUCCGAAACCGAACACAUUCGAUACCGAAACCUCCAAAUUUCAACAUCCUAAAUCAUUAAACAAUCUAAAAGUAUACAUAUACGAAUUACCAUCAAAAUACAACACUGAUUGGUUAUCAAACAACAGGUGUAGCAACCAUUUGUUUGCGUCAGAGGUUGCAAUACACAAAGCGUUGACCAAAAGCAGAGUACGUACGUUUGACCCAUCGGUUGCAGACUUCUUCUUCGUUCCCGUUUACGUGAGUUGUAAAUUCAAUACCGUUAACGGGUUUCCGGCAAUCGGACAUGCACGUGGGCUUUUGUCAUCUGCUGUUGACUUUAUUUCAUCGGAGUUUCCGUUCUGGAACAGGGGAAAUGGUUCUGAUCAUGUGUUUGUUGCUUCACAUGAUUACGGAGCUUGUUUUCAUGCCAUGGAAGAUAGAGCUGUGGCUGAGGGUAUACCGGAGUUUAUGAAGAAUUCUAUUGUGUUACAGACUUUUGGUGUUAAAUAUCGUCACCCGUGUCAAGAUGUUGAGCAUGUGGUUAUACCGCCUUAUGUGUCACCGGAGAAAAUUCGGGCGAUACUGUCAGUAUCUCUGGUGACUGGUCGUCGGGAUAUUCUUGUGUUUUUCCGGGGGAAGAUGGAAGUUCACCCCAAGAACGUCAGCGGUCAGUACUACAGCAAGCGUGUGAGAACAAGAAUUCUUCGGAAGUACGGGCACGACCGGCGUUUUUACUUGAAGCGAAACCGGUUUGCAGGAUACCUAUCGGAAAUCGUACGGUCGGUGUUUUGCCUAUGCCCACUCGGGUGGGCUCCGUGGAGUCCUAGACUCGUGGAAUCCGUUGCAUUGGGUUGCGUGCCGGUGAUCAUCGCUAACGAAAUCAUGUUACCGUUCGAAAACACCGUUCCAUGGUCGGAGAUAUCUCUCACGGUGGCGGAGAAAGACGUAGGAAAACUGGGCCGGAUACUUGAUGACGUGGCAGCUACAAACCUCUCAUCCAUCCAGCGGAAUUUGUGGGACCCGAAGGUCAAGCAGGCUUUGAUGUUUCAUGAUGACGUGGAGUAUGGUGAUGCAACGUGGCAGAUUCUCAUUGAGCUAUCUGAGAAAGUUGAUGUUUCUGAUCAUAGAUUUACACGUGGAAAUAGUUUAUCAACUAGUUGAUUUAAAUUUUGAAAAUUUUUAUACAUUUUUUGUAAAGGGGGUGGUGUGUAAAUUUUGUGAAAAGAAAGGGGCAGAUGAUGAUAAGUGAUAUGAGGAGGGUGGUUAGUUGAAAAUAUGAUAGUUUGGCACGUGAAAUCUGUCAAAGGGGGAUGUAUUUAUUGGUAGAACCCGUCACGGGUGGGUUCUUGAAAUUUUGGUAACUUUAUUACUCGACUCCAAAUUAGAUUUUAUUCCCAAA